AUGAGCGGGACAACUCACGUACCCAGUGAUUUGACAUUAACAUCAUUUCCUUUCGAGGUUAGAGAAGAUGAGCAACCAGAAACGGGUUCCAAGUCGUUUAUGGGAUUUAUUUCAAGAUUUUUCAACGAAAAUCAUGCUCAACCCGAAGAACCCGUGCCCACUCAAUUACCCAGCAUCUCAGAGACUUCCACAGUUGAGAUCAAGGCACCCCAAAUUAGUCCUAGUUCAGGUUUGUUAGCCUUGCAUUUAUUAUGUUGUUCAUUAUUAUCAUUUACCGUUAUUGUUGUCUAGAUGAAGCGUCUUCCCUUCCAAACAGCCGAAAAGUUUCUAAAAUAACAAGGUUGUUAAAAGCCGGAUCAGACAAAGAUCUGGUUGAUUAUAAUGGGACCGUCUUCAAGAGGUAUUGGAUGCCUGAUGCUGCUGUUCAAGAAUGUUAUGAAUGCCAUGAAAGGUUUACGGCGUUUCGGAGAAAGCAUCAUUGCCGGUUUUGUGGACAGAUUUUUUGCAGCAAAUGUUGUUGUCGGCAAGUUUCUGGGGCGGAAUUAGGUAUGUUUUGGCACAUAUUUUAUUAUACUUUAGGUUACUCUGGUCUCCUUCGGUUGUGCAAUUAUUGUUUUGAGCGAGUUGCAAUGCAUUUUAGCACUUCUGAUAGGCAAUCACGAGCUCAGACCCCAGUCCAAGGGUCGCCGAGCAGUAAAAGAAAAGUUUCCAACGCUGCCGGGGCUUCAAGCAUGGGUCAAUCAACCGAAAAUAUUCUAAACGGAGAUGAAGAUCUUCCUGAUAUUUUAAGUAACGCCGAGAAACCGAAUGUUGGUGUUGAGGGUGAGUCUUGUUGUUUUGCAUUACUUAUUUGUAGAAGUUCGCUUGCCUGAGUUGGAUGCAUAUUCUUCUUCAUAUGAACCUCGAGCUGAUGAAAACGAGCCCGACUGGGUAAAAAAUCUUCGGAACAAAGACGACAAUCCCACAAGUAUUUUUGCACCGACAUCUAUUCCCAUGAAUACGACCACGGUUUCUGAAAAAGAUCCAGUUUUAACUCCUUCAACCCACUUUGAAGUCAAAACGAGAUGGGAUUCUUUUCUGGGCAGUGAGUCUGGCCGCCCGUCCAAUGCUCAACUAUUCGAAGCCAAAACAAAUGCUCUUCUUGAUUAUUUAUUUGAGUAUGAACAGGUAUCCAUGGCUGUUUGGAAACCAUUACUGGUGACUUUGGCUCAAGAAAUUGUUAAUGCCAUUAAUGUGGACACGAAUGCAAGGCCGAAGUUGAUUAAUAUUCUGGACUAUGUUCAUAUCAAAAAAUUAUGUGUGAAUGGGGAAAGAUCGAUAGAAGUGAGUCUAAAGAUGUUAUUCUCGAUAUUUAAUUUGAACUUCUUCCCAUAUAAAUAAAAUUUCUAGAAAGUAAAUGGUGUUGUGUUCUCGAAGGCCUUGCAUCACCGGUCAAUGGCGAGAUAUGGUGAAAACGCUUCGGUCUUAUUACUUGCCGGAAAUAUCACAUACGAAAGGGUGUUGGAGAAGAUGUCGUCAUUAGAACCCAUCUUGCAACAAGAGAAUGAAUUUCUGAAAAACCAAGGUAGACUGAAUGCAUAGACUUAAUAUUGUCUUUCUUAAUAGUUGAGAGAAUCUCUGCCCGGAAAGUUAACUUGGUAUUCGUGGAGCACAGUAUCUCUACAAUAGCCAUGGAUCUUUUCCUCGAAGCACAGAUUGGAGUUUGUACUGACUUGAAACCAGUUGUUUUGGAAAGAUUGUCUAGAUGCACAGGCGCCGAUAUCAUUAAUUCAUUGGACGCCCAAUUUCUACAACCAAGGAUCGGGUUCUGUCCUCGGUUUUAUGAGAGAACUGUCAGGUUGGCUAAUGGAAAGGAGAAGCAGUUGAUUGUAAGUUAUAACUAAAUAUCUUUUUAUGUACCAUACCUAAUUUAUUGGGUUUCGGGAGGGUUUACAUGUACUAGCUGCCAAAAGCUGGCAAUUUUUUUGUUUCUUGUUUAACUCUGCUCAAUGUGGAUGGUUUAAACGAAACGAAUAUCAGCCGCCAGAAGAUCUAUGGUUUUCCGCGGCAUUUGCAAGCGUGGAUUUUUUUUUUGAAAGGAUCAAGAGUUUUUUUUUGUGUUUCAAGAAUUUUACAUUGACAGUUGUACCAUUGAUAGCGGCAAGAAUUCUCUACAAAAUGGUAUUUGUUUGGUUUAAAGUCGUCCACGUUGAGCAUGGUUUACGCAAGAAAAAAAAUCGACAGCUUUUUUGGUAACUACUGUACGUUUAGGUUCUUGAUGAAUGUGAUGGCUCCUUGGGUAUGUCGGUCGUUAUUCGAGCCGAGUCGGAAAGAGAAUUAAAGGCGGUAAAGAGGAUCCUCAAGUUGUUAUUGCAAAUAUAUUACUCUAACAAAUGUGAAAUUGCUUUUCUUCAAUUGUUUAACUCAUCCGGUCCUUUGUCAACAUCAUCUUGUGAUAUUUGUGCAGAAAAUCAGUCGGAUGACUCUGAUCGAAAUGAAGAAUCCGAGUUUGGAAUUGCUUUGAAAGAAUGCCAGCUCACAAAUACCCCGCUUAUUCGUAUAGUGGCUCCAUAUUUGGAAAGGGAAGAGGGCAAGAAAUGCUUCUUACUUGAUUAUAUUAAAAAGGUAAGACUUUGUGGGAAGAUGCAUAAUAUAUUGUAUUUUUAGCCUGCGUUUCAUUUCUACAAGCAUGAAGAGUUGAUUGAAAUGGCCAAAGCCGAGUGCGAUGUAGAGCACAAAAUUAAGCAAUUGGAAACAGAGAUAAAAGAAAAUAAAGUGGCCUUGGAAAAGAAGCAUGUCCAUUCAAUAUUGAAGAACAAGCAUCUCAGAUCAACCAAUCUCGAACUCUCCGAAUAUAGAGUUCGAUCGGCUUUUCUGUCUCGGAGAUUGGUGGAAGUGAAGAAGGAAAUGGACGAGAAGAGGUAGGAAAUUGAUAUAACCUGAGAGGAUUUCAGUCUCGAACAAAAAUGUCUCUUCUCGAAGCAAGCCUUCCAAAAGUUUGAAAAGCCCUCUAGUCGAAAUGUGGAUGUUCUGAAUCCUUACAAACAUCAACGAAGAGCGUUUCUUUAUUGUGCCGAAGGGGUGUCUCGACGAUGGCAAAAUUGUGGAUCCUUUUGCUCGGGCCCUUCUGUUCUCGUUUGGAGAUUUUACAGUGGAGGUGAAGACUUGACACUAGGGAACUUCCUAAGAAGGUUCUGCUUUAAUGUUGAGUACAAAUGCAAGGAAUGUGACAAAGGAAUGGUGGAACACUUUAGGAAGAUCAUUCAUCAUAAUUCCUGCAUCGAAAUCACUACACAGAACUUGGGUCAAAAGAAUUCACUGGCCGAGUUUUGCGAGUUCGAUGAGGUCAACGAAUUUGACAGCGACAUUCUUAUUUCGUGGAGACAAUGUGCUCAAUGCAAUGCCCGAACCAAGGUAACUUUCAUUAUGAAAUAACUUUAUGUCUGCUCAAGGUAUGGCCCGUUAAUGAACUUGUCCAGAACCUCAGCUUUGCCAAAUUUGUUGAUUAUCUUUCGAAUGCGGUUCAUUGGAUAUCCGAAACCAACAAGGAAUGUCAACACUGUACCUUCCAUGAACAUCGUCAUCUCUUUGCUUCUCAUAAUAUGGUGACCAUGUUCUCCGUAUCAACAGUAAGGCCUCUUCAUGUCCUCUUCGCUCCAAUGUUAUGUCAGAUCAAGCCAAGAUUGGUCCCUUCUAGAAGUUUGAUCACUGAAUUUAAUGAGACCUGCCGUUUGUCUCAAGAGAUUUUUAAACACAUCCAGGAGUCCUGCAACGAUCAACAAUCCACAAAUUACCUCAGACAGCUGGAAGAAUAUUUAAAGUAAGUGAAAUUGUUUGACCCAAAUUCCUUUCAGUAAAUUAACUGAUGGGUUUGAUGAGGACGGAUCUAUUGGGACUUCUGACGAGAUGUAUACGGACGAUCCAGUCGUUAUCAAAUCGGAAGGCAACCUUAUUUUAAUAAGACAUUUCUUGAAUGCUGUAAUUGAAGAAUGGAACGACCGCCGAAGUCAGCCCACCCAAAUUGAGCUUGAUCCCAUGGCCAAAUUGAAGAAUCUAUGUGCUAAAUUCAAUCUUUCAUUAACGGUACCUCUUGAGGAAAAGGAAGAUCUAUCACAAUUAGAUACGCAAACCUUGGUAAGAAGUCGGGAUUCAGAAUCCAAGGAAAUGGACGGAUUGGCCAAGAACCAACCCAAUCAGCUGCCUAAUCCCUUUGAAAAGGAUUAUCAUCUUGAAUUCCCUAUUCAUAAGUCGACAACACCGAUCGUUGUGAGGGAUUCGAGCGACGGAAAGAGUCCGGAUAUUGGUUCAGUAAGUCACAUAAAUGUAAUCGAGAUUUCCCAAUAGAUGAUUGCGUUUGCUUUGUCGUCACGGGAUUAUAACGAGAAGAAGAAGUUUAUGGUUUCGAAGGGCACCUUUAAUCGACCGCAAUCCCGGACUCCAUCCGCCAGUUCGUUCUCCAGUUGGUCUAAUCUCAGCAACACUGCUGCUUUUCCACAAAUCCCAGCUCAACCCUUAGGUUCACCGAAGUUGGAAACGAUUCCAGUACAAGAUCCCGCUUCUACUUCAAUCGAAGUGGAGUUUGCAGAUUCCAAGGCCCAUUAUUACGUAAAGGUAAACUGGUUUCGACAGCACUUACUCUUUCAGAUUUACUUUGCCGAGAGUUUCCAUUUUCUCCGGGAAAAGAUCUUCCCGGCCGGCGAAUCAGCAUUUUUGAGAUCACUUUCAAAGUCCGAAAGUUGGUCCCCUCAAGGCGGCAAAUCAGGGGCAUCUUUCUUCAGAACCAAAGACGAGCGAUUUGUAUUCAAGCAAAUGUCAUGGGUAGAGAUGGAGUCCUUCAAGAAAUGCGCCCCCAAAUAUUUUGAAUACAUCAAUAAGGCGUUGAAUGAAAAGAAACUGACAGCUCUAUGCAAAGUAAGUGAUCGCCAUUAAUUUCCCAAUGUUUUAGAUAUAUGGAGUUUUCAGAGUUGGCUACACUUCCAAGAAAGGAAGCCAGUUGAAGAUGGAUCUCCUUGUCAUGGAGUACUUGUUUUAUGAAAAGAAAGUAAAACAAAUGUGGGACUUAAAAGGAUCCCUCCGAAAUAGAUGUGCUUCUACCAAAACGGACAUGCCUGUCCUCUUGGAUGAAAACCUGGUGUCAGACUUAUGGGGGAAUCAACUUUACGUUCAACAUCACUCAAAAGUCGCCCUCAAACAGGCGAUUACGAAUGAUAGUCACUUUCUAAGCAGCCAAGUAACUUUAUUUGCCAUUGAAUCAAUAUUAACUUAAUUUAGGGCAUCAUGGAUUAUAGUUUACUGGCUGGAAUCUGCGAAGACACUAAUGAAGUUGUCGUGGGUAUUGUUGACUACAUGAGAACAUAUACCUUGGACAAAAAAGUAGAAAGCUUUGUAAAAACGGCUUUACCGAACCCCCACCUCCCUACUGUAAUAAGUCCUGAGAAUUAUUGUAAAAGAUUCUGUGAUGCAAUCGAUUGCUACUUCGCUAUGGCUCCAGAUCAAUGGACCUGUCUGGAUUCCACUGUCGCUUAA